AUGGAGCUUUGGCCGCCGCGACUGUAUAAAUAUCCGGCUGCCUCGCCCUCCUGCGCAGUUUUCUCGCUCUGGUCCUUCUUGAUUCAUGUAGGCAGCAAGGUAAGUCUCGCCGGACGAAGAAAAAAAUCGCAACGACGCAAUUUCAGCUGCAUCCCAAUUGAAGAAUCUCCUUUCUCUGUCUUUUGUCGCAUUAUAUUUGAUACCCCAAUCCGCCAAAUUUGCUUUGCUUUUCGCCACUCUAAACGCAUACCCAAUUCCACCCACCAUCCAUCCAUCAUGUUCACCAGCAGUCGACGACAGUCAGUGAGCGGGAGCUUCUCCAAAGGCCACAAAUCGAGCAAGGUGAACAAGUCUAGUUCGUCUUUCAGUAAGGAUAGCGGCGUCUCAAAGCGCCGCCAUGAGUCCCGUCAACGUAGGCCUACGACCGCUUCUACCUCAACCACCGAAGACACUAUCAUGAGCAAUGGUUCGUCUUCGUCGAUCGUCACUCUUGUCGUUGGAGCUGAGCAACGUCUUUUCGCUGCCCACGAAGACAUCCUUUGCGCAAGCCCAUACUUUGCCACCGCGCUUCGAAACGGAUACAUGGACCCGGCGACGAAGAGGAUCGCACUACCUGAAGAGGAGCCGGAGAUCUUUAGCUCGGUCCUCGAGUAUCUAUACAAGGGCGAUUACUUCCCUCGCCUCGUCAAGCGCAGAAACUCUUAUGAGCUGGAGUCGGAUGAUGAUCGCCGGGCUGUGGAAAGCACCAUCUAUCUUCACGGUAUCGAGGGCGACCUUCUCAAAGAUACUGUCAUCUAUUGUACUGCUGAGAAGUACGGACUGAGUGAGCUGAAGAAGCUGGCUCUUCGGAAGCAAGGCCUCCAGUCCGGAAUACAGUGCAGUACUAUUCUUGCCUCGGCUAGAUAUGCUUACGCAAACACUCCCGACAACGACUCUAAGCUCAGGGCUCAUUAUCUUGCACUCAUCAUCCGCUCGCGCAGCACUUUCAAGCGCAGUGGCACGAUGCAGCUUGAGAUGUACAACGGCGGAAGCCAACUGUUCUUUGAUCUCUUCGUGGCUUUGAGCAACCAUGUCGACGACAUCUCUUCUUCUUCUUCUUCCACCCCCCGCUCCAACCGUCACAUUUAA